AUGUAUUAUUUUCACAUAAGAUACAAAGAAGGAAGUAUAUAGCUUUCAAUAAUGGCGUUUUCUAAAUCAGUUGUUAGAAGCCAGAUGCCAAUUAACUGUAAUUUAUGUGAAACUGAGAAGAAUAUCAAAUGGAAAUGCUUGACCUGUGGGGUUCUAAUGUGCAGUACAUGUAAAGAUAAAAUACAUCUGAGAAUUGGAAAAGAUCAUAAGGUAGUAGACAUCAAGAAUGUGGGGCAGCCUGGUGAAGAAUUAGACUUUAAAAACAUUAUCUGUAAAGAACAUUCAGAACAAUAUUCCUGUCUUUUUUGUACAAAUUGCGACAAACUUGUUUGCCCUACUUGCAUUGCUAAGGUUCACAAGAAACAUGAUCUAACUGAAACUAGAGAUGUAUAUAACUUGAAGAUAGAGAAACUGAAAAAAGGACAAAGUAAAUUGCAAAUAGAAAAAGAUGAAAUUACUGCCACCAAAUAUCAACUGAACCAGUUUCAAAAUGAUGAGAAUUCAAACUAUGCCAAAUUAAGCAAAGAACUUCUUAACCAUGAGAAAGUUUUGAAAGAAGCAGUUGAAAAACAUCUCGCAAAACUAAGAACUGAAUUAGACCAGAACCACAAAGCGUCUUCCAAAGCAAAUGCAGAAAGUAUAAAUGCCAUUUCCAAAAGUGAGAGACAAGUAGAAGAAAAGUAUAGGGAUGUUCAGGAUUUCAUUAAUACCACUGACAUCACUAAAUUUUUCCAAGAGGUAGACAGAAUUGAGAAAUCAAUAGAAGUAUCUGUUCCUAAGUCUGGAAUAUCUAGCAAAACAACACUGAAGUUUAUUCCUGGAGAGAUAACACAGACGAACAUUGGAGUACUACAAAGUGUAGACAUACUCUUACCUGAAGUAAAGGUUUCUCUUAGUGUUGUAAAUCAAUAUCAGCCUAAUCUUACCAUGGUUAGUUAUCUAACAACGUGUCCUGAUGAUACACUGUGGAUAGCUUGUCAUUCAGAUAAAGUGAUACAUAAACUUAAACCUGAAGGAACCAGUCUGAAGAAGAUAUCUACCUUCAACAUCAUGGUCAAUGGCAUGGCAAUAACUGAAUCUAAUGAUCUACUUCUUGGAGUAGUUGGAAAAUCCAGACUACAAAUGAUCAGCAGUACCACUGGUAAAGUAACAGACACUGUGUAUAACAUUGAUCCUUUGCUUCUUUCAGCCAUUCAUGUCACCAGCAGUGGACAGAUCAUAUUAGGAGGUGGUACUGUAGAAGGAAGACGAGUAGUUAUUGUAAUAAAUGAGAAUGGAGACCGUGAAGCUGUGUAUGAAUAUGAUAAACUUAAUCAACCUAUAUUUAGUUAUCCCAGGAGUAUUACUACAACCAAUAAUGGUAAUAUACAUGUGUCAGACUAUACAUCAAAGGAAGAGUGCGGUAAAGUGGUAGUGCUAGGACAGGCAGGUGAUGUGAUAAACAUAUAUAAAGGGGAUACAGAGAUCAACAAGGAGGUACCAUUCAGACCAACAGGAAUAGUGACAACACCAAGAGACAAUGUCAUUGUAGUUGAUGCUGACAAUGAUACCCUCCACAUACUGAACCACUCUGGUCAGCUGAUUACAUACAUAAAGACAUCAGAACAUGGAAUUGAAUAUCCAUAUACCCUUGCUUUUUCCUCAACAGGACAACUCUACAUAGGAUGUACUAAAGACAGUACAGCCAAGGAAGCCAAACUAUAUAAAGUGAACAUAUCAGCAUGCUGAAAUUAUCAAUAAACAAUA